GAUGGGAUCACACGAAGCAGCACGACCAACUUCUCCGGCCACACCCUCCCUCCCUCUCUCUCUCUCUCAUCAAAUCCACGAGCUUUCUCUCUCUUCUCUCCUCGCCUUGCCUUGCCUCCCCUGUCUCCUCCCUUCUCUCCCCAUCGCCACCAACUCCUCCUCCGGCCAUCCGCCAUCGCUGCCGCAGCGUCCUCCUCGAGAGCUCCCCCAACGCCGGCGACGGCCGUUCUGCCGAGAGUGCCGAAGAGUGUGAGCCAUGAGUGGAGGCGUCGAGCCGGAGACCCCGCCGGGAAGCAGCGGCGGCGGCAGCACGCCGGUGGGCGGCAAGCCGCCGCGCCACCACCUCACAUCGAUUCGCCACUGCGCCAGCAGCGCGCGCAUCGCCGCGGCAACCGCAGACUUUGACCUGGAUUCAGGGACUCUGAGCUUGAUCUCGCCCACAGAUCUUCGACCUGGCUUUCUGCCGGUGUUCCGUUCCGGCAGCUGUGCCGAUAUCGGAACCAAACCGUACAUGGAGGACGAGCAUGUCUGCGUCGACGACCUAAUGGAGCACCUGGGAAUGCGUACCCCUGUCAUCCCUGCACCGGGUGCCUUCUAUGGGGUGUUUGAUGGUCACGGUGGUACAGACGCAGCCUGUUUUGUUCGGAAGAACAUACUGAGGUUCAUAAUUGAGGAUGGCCACUUCCCUAACAGCAUAGACAAGGCAAUCAGGAGUGCUUUUGUGAAGGCUGAUCAUGCUAUUGGGGAUUCCCAUUCUCUCGACCGCAAUUCUGGGACUACAGCAUUGACAGCACUAUUUUAUGGCAGGACAUUGCUCGUUGCGAAUGCAGGAGACUGUCGAGCAGUAUUAGGAAAGAGAGGCCGAGCUGUUGAGUUGUCAAGAGACCACAAACCCACUUGCAGGAGCGAAAAGAUCAGAAUUGAGAACCUUGGUGGUACCAUCUUUGAUGGCUAUCUCAAUGGUCAGCUGUCUGUAGCAAGGGCGAUUGGUGAUUGGCACAUGAAAGGUUCCAAAGGGUCAAUAGGCCCCCUCACUGCAGAGCCAGAGUUUCAGGAGGUUAGACUCACCGAGGAAGAUGAGUUCUUGAUAAUCGGCUGCGAUGGGCUUUGGGAUGUCAUGACCAGCCAGUGUGCUGUCACAAUGGUAAGGAAAGAGCUGAUGGCACACAAUGAUCCGGAGAGAUGCUCGCAAGAACUAGUUCAAGAGGCUCUCCGACGAAACUCCUGUGACAACCUAACUGUAGUGGUUGUGUGCUUCUCAUCAGAUCCACCACCUCAGAUUGAGGUCCCAAGAUUUCGAGUACGAAGAAGCAUUUCGAUGGAAGGUUUGCAUAUGUUGAAGGGAGCUCUUGACAGUAAUGCCUGAGCUCUCAAAAUCUGUGUGCCUUCUCUGAUAACUUUGGUUGUAUGAUCUUGUUUCCAUGUUGGGUCCUUAAAAAAGUUUUGCUCUGUUCUUUCAGUUAUAGGUUCGGAAUAAGUUGUGUAGAAUUAUUCAAAUUUUGUUGAGGUGUAGGCUAAUCAUUUUGUGAGGCAAUGAUUUAUCUGUACCGGCCAGCAUUUGGUUGUUCACAAUGUAAUUGAGCAAUACCAGCAUCCAUGUUCUGGUACAAAUGCCAGUUAUAAUAGUUGAUCAAUUUUGUUCUACUUCA